AUGGAUGGUGCUAUGGGUCUGGGUGCGCUAUGGGUCCGGGUGGCGCUAUGGGUCGCGCUAUGGGUCCCAGUAUGGGUCCGGGUGGCGCUAUGGGUCCGGCUAUGGGUCCAGCUAUGGGUCCGGGUGGCGCUAUGGGUCCCAGUAUGGGUCCGGGUGGCGCUAUGGGUCCCGCUAUGGGUCACGCUAUGGGGCCGGGUGGCGCUAUGGGUGGCGCUAUGGGUCCGGCUAUGGGGCUGGGUCCCGCUAUGGGUGGUGCUAUGGGGCCGGGUGGCGCUAUGGGUCCUGCUAUGGGUCCAGGUGGCGCUAUGGGUCGCGCUAUGGGUCAGCCCCCCUUUCUCCCCCCCCCAGGGCUCUCCAUGCGCAGUUCGGGUGCGCAGCGGCACCACUUUCGAGGGCAUCUUCCGAACCCUCAGCUCCAAGUUCGAAUUGGCCUUGGAAGCGGUGCACAGGGGGGGGUCGGGGGGUCCCCGGCGGGAGGAGAUCGUGGAGACGAUGGUGUUCGGGGCGGGGGACGUCGUCAGCGCCCGCUUCAGGGACGUCGACGUGGGGGCGGCGCCCGGAGACCACGUGGCGGAGGUGGGAGCGGCGCGGCGCAACGGGGAGCGGCGGCCGGCGGAGCUGCAGCGCUGGGAUGGGGCGGAGGGAGACGAGUGCGAGCUGGAGGCUGACGCGUCCAACGGUUGGGAUCCGGCGGAGAUGUUCCGCUUCAACGAGGAGAAUUAUGGGGUGAAGACCACCUACGACAGCAGCCUGGCAGCCUACACGGUCCCCCUACCCCGGGAGGACUCGGAAGGCUUCCGGCAGCGUCAGGCCCGCGCUGCCCAGCUGGCGCGGGAGAUCGAAGGCAGCGCUCAGUACCGCCUCCGCGUCGCCAUGGAGAACGACGACGAGGAGCGCAGGGAGCCCAAGAUGGCGGCGCUGCCCCAAAGGCUGCGGGGGGGUCCUGGGGGGCUGCGCUGCUCCCCCCGCCCCCCCCAAACCCCAAUGGGACCCCAACCCCAUAACGGAGGGCCGUCCCGGAUGUCCCCCAAAUGUCAGCGCCCCAUAAGGGGGGGCAAAGCCGGCGCCCCUCCCCCACCCUCAGGCCCCGCCUCUUCCUGUCCAGGCUCCGCCCCCGAGGCUCCGGACCCCCCCAAGGAUGGAGGAAGGGGCGGAGUUGAGCCCCCCGACCCCCCCCGGACCCCCGGCAAAGCUGUGCUGCCUCAGCUGGAGGAGCUGCGCCACUUUGGGGCUCAAUUUAAGGUGGGCUCCGCUGGGGGGGGCUCUGGGGGUCCUUAUGGGGUCCCUAUGGGGUCGCUAUGGGGUCUCUGUGGGGUCUGGGGGUCCUUAUGGGGUCCCUAUGGGGUCCUUAUGGGGUCUUUGCGGGGUCUCUACGGGGUCUGGGGGUCCUUAUGGGGUUCCUGGUCUGGGGGUCCUUAUGGGGUCCCUAUGGGGUCUUUGUAG